AAAGGGACUGUCUAAUUCACAGAGAGGCAGCAUAGAGAGCGCUAACUAGCUAGCUCAAAGAUGAACGCAAUACCAGCUGCGCCGGCCACCAUGAAUCCUAAGCUGCUCAUGGCUGCUCGACAUGGAGACAUCGAGACCCUAAAACGCCUCCUCGCCGUGAACACAGCACAGCCACCGCCACAAGUCGUCCUCCAAGUCGACCGGCCUGCGGCGGCGGCGCCAUCUGCAGCUGCGAACACGCUCCUGGAGGGAGUCACCAGCGAAGGGGACUCCGCGCUCCAUGUCGUGGCGGCAGCGGCGGUGGCGGCGGCAUGCGGAGACGACGACGACGACGUGUUCCUCGACUGCGCCGGGGUGAUCCACGGGGCAGCCAGGCACCUCAUACGUGCCCGCAACAGCAACGGCGACACGCCCCUCCAUCGCGCCUCCAGGGCUGGGAGCGUUAACAUGGUCCGCCGCCUCAUCGCCAUGGCAAAAGACGAGGCCGGCGACGACGACCACGACGACCACGACGACGGCGGCGAACGGCGGAGACAGAGGGCGGCGGUGGAGCUCCUCCUGAGAGCGCAGAACAAGCGCGGUGAGACGGCCUUGCACGAGGCGAUCCGCUCGAACAGCAGGGAUCUCGUCGUCGACGAGCUCCUCUCCCACGAUCCGGAGCUUGCCCGUGUUCCAGGAGAAGAAGGAGGCACCUCGCCGCUGUACCUGGCCAUCUCACUGCGACGGUUUGAGGUUGCGAAGAAGCUGCACGAGAGGGACGAACAGCUGUCCUACUCUGGACCUCAAGGCCGAAACGCUUUGCAUGUCGCGGUGCUCAUUGGCAAAGAGUCAAGUUUGACCAGCAGAGCAUGGAGCUGUUGAAAAUUAAGCAAGGGGAGUUAGUGGCAAGGCAAAAUUCUGGUUAAAUUCCUGUUGUUGAAAAGCUUGCAAGGCGAUGUAUUCAUUGGAUGCAAAUGAAAAGAGAGAUGAUAGAGAUUCCUGAAGGAUGUCAUCUCCCCAGCGAUCUUUCCAAAAGAGAAAACUACCCCCUUUGUUGGGAAGGGUUUAGGAGAUAGUUUUAUAUAUUGUGUUCAAUCUAAAGAUGUCCUUCCACUAUAAGGAUCCCAUUUCUCGUACAACAGGGAGGGGGGGUGUUCGCCACUAUAAUAAUACUUAUAAUAAUACUUGUUCCAAAUCAGUCUCAACUAAGGAAAGGUCCUUCUUAUUGUAAAAUUUGUCAUGAUACUUUAUUAAAAGAGCAAUAUUUUGGUAUUCCAAAUUGAUGAUGCCUAAACAUCCUUUGUUUUUGGGUUUGCAUAUCAUGUCCCAUGCUACUAAGGACUGAGGUCUCAUAUUUAAGUUAGAAGAUUUCCUUCAUAAACUAUGUCUCCUGCCUCUAUUGAUAUGUUCAAUAACCUUUUCGGGUAGCUUAAGUGAGCAUAUAUAGUAUGUUGGCAUAGAGGAGUGUACAGAGUUAACCAAGGUUAACCUCUGACCAUGGUUUAAGAACAUUGUAAUUAACGACAGGGUAGUCUUCUUUCCACUUGAUCAAUAAGAGGGGCAAACUCAACAAUUCUAGGUUUACUUGUUCCCACUGGAAGUCCCAAGUAAGUGAAAGACAUAGAAUCAGUUUUACAGCCAAAAG